UGAGCAGCGACCGCUCACCUCAGAAGAGGAAGCGGGAAGAACGGACACCCAAGCCAGGAAGGAUCAUCCUGUGCGAUCUUGGUCGGGCUGCAUGCGGACACCAUAAUUUUUGUCUCUCUGGUGUCAACAACCCCAGCAAGCGGGCAAGGGCGGUCGUUUGCUUCCCCAACAACCGCCGAGUGUAGAAAACGCCCUGCUGCUGUGCAUUCCCGGGUGAAGUAUGCCUGAGAGCAGGAGGAAACGUGGAAGAUCGGCGUCAUCGUCGUCCUCCUCUUCCUCCUCCUCGUCUUCCUCCUCCUCCUCCUCCUCAUCGUCUUCCUCUGGCUCCAGUUCUUCUUCGGAUGAGGGUUCCUCUCGGGCCGGCCGCAAGGCAACCUCGGACAACCGCCCCUCCUCCUCAGCAGCAGCAACGGGGAAGAGAUCGAGGGGGGAUGGCGAAGGCUCAAAGGGAGCAGGGCCCAAGGGCCGCAAGAGGGAGGGCCAUCGAUCCGAAAAAGGAAGCAAAACCCAUCCUCGCAGCAGCAGCAGCAGGGGCAGCAGCAGUGACGACGGCGGGAAGACGCGGCGCGACUCCAAGCGGCGGCGGCGGCGCAGCGACAGCAGGAGCGACAGCAGGAGCAACAGCAAGGAGCGCGGGAGGGGCAGGGAGAACGGACAAAGGGCAGCGGCAAGGAAGAGCUCGCGGGAACAGGGUCGGGGCAAAGACUCCGGGAAGGGUGACAAGGGGCGGUCCAGGGGCGGCGACGGUCCAGGGGGGGGGGGG